UUGUGAGAGAUGCAGAGUUUACCAAGUGCUUUCCCCAGGACAAAGUGAGUGAGUAGGCUCGACGCGCCGUGGCUGUUUGUAGCGCCGUGAUGGAGCUCCUGACAGUUCUGCCUGCCUUUUUCAUGCACCUCUGCGCUGUCCUGGCCGGGAUGGACUCGUGUUACAAGCAGGAGUCAGGGAAAGCCCAAAGAUGCAUGCCGGAAUUCUGCAACGCUGCCUUCGGCCGGACAGUGCUGGCCAGCGACGUUUGUGGCUUUCCCGCCCAGGAGGAAUACUGCCUGCAGACCGGCGUGACUGGAGUCACCAAGUCGUGCCAUGUGUGCGACGCACAAGACCCGCCGCAGAGCCACAACGCCAGUUACCUGAACGACUUCCACAAUGAGCAGGAGCCCACUUGGUGGCAGAGCCCGUCCAUGUUGCACGGUGUGCAGUUCCCCAACUCAGUCAAUCUGACCCUACACCUGGGAAAGUCGUUUGAGAUCACCUACAUCCGACUGAAGUUUCACACCAGCAGGCCGGAGAGCUUUGCCAUUUACAAGAGGACAAGGGAGGACUCCCCCUGGACUCCCUACCAGUUUUACAGUGCUUCAUGCCGUCAAACGUACGGCACUUCCCCCGGGGUCUUUCUCCGUCCGGGGGAUGAAGAGCGAGUGCCAUUCUGCACCGAGGAGUUCAGCGACAUCUCCCCACUGACUGGAGGGAACGUGGCCUUCUCCACCUUGGAAGGGAGGCCCAGCGCUUACAGUUUUGACACCAGCUCUGCGCUGCAGGAGUGGGUGACAGCCACUGAUCUGCUAAUAUCCUUAAACCGACUGAACACCUUUGGUGACGAUCUCUUCAAAGAUCCCCAGGUCCUCCGGUCCUAUUAUUAUGCCAUAUCUGAUCUAUCUGUGGGAGGCAGGUGCAAAUGCAAUGGCCAUGCCAGCGAGUGCUUCACCAACGACCAGGGCAGGCUGGUGUGCGAUUGCCAGCACAACACAACCGGCGUGGACUGUGAAAAGUGCCGACCGUUUUUCCACGACCGGCCCUGGGCACGUGGGUCCUCUCAGGCCGCGAACCCGUGUCUGCCCUGCAACUGCAGUGGGAGGUCCGAGCAGUGCAUCUUCAAGGCGGACCUGUAUGGCCAGACUGGACACGGAGGGCUGUGCCUGAACUGCAGGGAUCACACGACGGGGCAGCAUUGUCAGCUCUGUGAAGACAACUUCCACAGGGAGCAUGCAUUUGAGCGCUGUCGACCCUGCAACUGCAGUGUCAUGGGGUCACUCAGUUUGCAGUGUGACCACAAUGGAAACUGCACCUGCAAAGCAACCGUCAUGGGAAGGAAAUGUGACCAGUGCCUGCCAGGGUUUCACUCGCUGUCCGAGGGAGGAUGCAGACGAUGCGUGUGCCACCCUGACGGCAGUGUCGGUGACUGCAGUCCAUCCAACGGAGAUUGUACCUGCAAAGAGAAUGUGGAGGGAGCCCUGUGCCACAGUUGUAAGUCGGGAACCUUUAACCUCCAACCUCACAACCCUCAUGGCUGCAUCAGUUGCUUCUGCUAUGGACACUCAGUGGCUUGUUCCUCGGCCUUGGAGUUCAGAGAGCAUCGAGUAGUGUCAACCUUCAGCCAAGACGCAGAUGAUUGGAGAGGACAGAAAUCAGAUGGCAGGGAAUCUCAGCUGUCCUGGGAGAAGAAUCGGAUCAGUUUGUUUCCAGAGAACGGGAAAUGGGAAUAUUUCAUUGCAUCAGAAAAGUUCCGGGGGAACAAGCUGCUCAGCUAUGGCCAGAAUCUUACCUUCAUUCUUGACUUGGAAAACGAGGAAGUGCGGCCCUUCAGCCUGGUUCUGGAAGGUUCCGAAAACCACACAUCAGUCACUCUUUCUCCGCAUGUGCAGAAGGAAAGGUCAGCCCAGCAGUGGGAAGUCACCUUCAUACUCCAUGAGGCAGAGGACAGCAUCCGCACACCCACCUUGUCCAGCUUCCAGUUCCAACAGAUGCUCUCCAAUCUCACCACAGUGAAAUUUGGCUGCCUGGGAGCUUCUGCCUUUCACCUGAGAGAGGUCACCCUGGUGACGGCUGUGGCUGGCCUCUCGCCCCGUGCUACCUGGGUGGAGGAGUGCAUGUGUCCUAAAGGCUACAUCGGACAGUUCUGCGAGUUUUGUGCCCCUGACUACAAGCGGGAAAUUCCCUUUGGAGGUCCGAUGACUCCCUGUGUCCCCUGCACCUGCAACCAUCAUGGAACGUGCAAUCCUGAUUCGGGUGUUUGCCAGUGCUUACACAAUACCAAUGGAUCCUCCUGUGAACAGUGUGCAAGCGGCUACUAUGGAAACCCCUUUCGGGGCAGGUACAAUGACUGCAAACCUUGCCCUUGUCCCACUCAUUCCAGCUGCGCUGUGAUCGAAGAGACGAAGGAAGUGAUCUGCACAAGCUGCCCUGAUGGACAGACAGGGAACCGCUGUGAAAUUUGUGAUGAUGGUUUCUUUGGUGAUCCACUGGGGCAAAAUGGAUUUGUCCGCCCCUGUAGGCCGUGCUACUGUAACGGGAAUACUGACCUCAACGCCGUGGGCAACUGUGACCAUCUGACAGGAGAUUGCCUGAAGUGCUUGUUCCACACAGUUGGCCAUCACUGUGACAGGUGUGAGGAUGGUUUCUAUGGGAACGCUCUGUUCCCCAACUCAUCCAACAAGUGCCAGCCCUGCAACUGCAGUCCAGUUGGAUCAGUUCUUGGGCUUCUGACCUGCAACGCCAGCAGCGGCCAGUGUGAGUGCCUGCCCAACGUAACUGGCCGAGAUUGCAGCCACUGUGAGCUGGGCUACUACGAUCUGCAGCCUGGUGUGGGUUGCCUCAGAUGUGACUGCCACGCUGUGGGAUCGCGCAGCAGCUUCUGCCAGGCUGAGACUGGCCAGUGCAGCUGUCGACCUGGUGUCGAGGGAAGAUCGUGUGACAAGUGCAAGCUGGGAUACUUUGACCUCUCUAAGAAAGGAUGUCAAGCCUGUGACUGCUCUCCGCUGGGUUCCUUGGUGAUGCAGUGCAGGGAAAAUGGCUCCUGUAUCUGUAAGAAGGGCUUCACUGGAUGGAAAUGCGAGGAAUGCCAGGAGAACUAUUUCUAUCAGCCCUCCUCCUUCCACUGCCAGCAGUGCCCUGUCUGCUACGGCCUGGUCCAACAUGAGGUGAAGCGGCUGCGGCAGCGGAUGAACGGGCUGGAGGAGGAACUGGACAAGUUCAGCAGCCACCCCGAGCAGUUCUAUCAGCUUUACACUAACCACCUGCAGUUAGCUCUCAGGGACAUGGAGACCCAGUCAAAAGAGGGUCCACAGAUGCUCCUUCUGCAGCAGGUCAGAGAGGUGGAGACUUCCCUGCUCACGAUUAGCCUGAAACUGACCAACAUCACCCAAGCCUCGGACUGCGAGGGCAACGGGGACAAACGCUGCCAGCUGUUGUCUGACAGCCAGCUCUUCAUCAGUACCAGCCGCAGGGAGCUGCAAGCAGCCCGAGAGGCCCUGGACAACAUGCAGUUGCCCGUGCUGACUCGUGACUUUGCUGGCGACAGAACCCAGAACUGGACCAGGGUGGUUCAGGAGUCCCGCUCUCUCGUGGAAAGUCACAACAGGGAAGCAGCAGAAGUGGAAUUAAUUGUGAGACAAGCGCUGGCUGUGUCCAACCAAAGCUACCUCCUCCUGUCCAGCAUCAUCGAGGACAAUUCCAUAGCUGGGGACAUUGCAGAGGCCGAGGACCGGCUUCAGGUAUUUCAGAAUAAAAUAGAAGAGCUGGAGGCAGAAGUGGAUGAGGUGCUGAAAGAGGCAAAGAGACAAUACAGCUACAUCCAAAAAACUCGAGGCUCAACAUCAGUGCAGCUGCUGAAUCGCACGGAAUUGGAGCUGGAGAACUGGGACAAUCUAACCACAAAGAUUGAGGAUCUGGAGAGCACUCUUUGGUCCAAAGACCAGCAAAUCAAGGAGCUUCUCAUGGAGAUGGAGCCUCAGAUGAAGGUCUUGACCAGGGGAUUGGAAACCAAGCAGUCCUAUGAGCAGCUUUUGAGUCGAGUCAGAACUGUCCAGGCAAAUGCAAAUGAAUCACUGCACCAAGCUCUACAGAUACAAAAAGCAGGAACGUCCUUGCUGAAAACCUUGGAAGAUAACAAGCGGAUAUUUUCUGUGAAGAAUCUGAAAAGCAAGGGGGCUUUCAGGAAGAUGGGGCUCAGAGAAAGGAUCAUUUCAGAGGCCAAGAGGAAGACCGCCCAGGCCAAGCGGAUGCUGGGAACCGCCCAGUCAAGUUCCACACUCAGCAAUGCCACAGCUGUCCAAACCUCACGUGUCAGCAGAGGCAUUGCAAAGGAAGCCCAGAAGAUUAGGAGGCAAGCAAGAAACCAGGCUUUGCAAUCUUCAUCACUGCGUUCACAGCUGCAGGCCACUCAAGAACAACUUGAUGCCCAGGAGAAGCAGGUGGCAGCUUGGAAGGCAGUUGUCCAGGAAAACACAGAAACAGCAGCCGAGGUUUUUGGUGAGACAGAGGCGCUGAGAAAGAACAUGAAGCAAGUGAAGCAAUCCCUGGAUCGCGAUAUGAAGCAGUUGACAGAACUGCUAAGAAAAAUAGACGUCCUACAAGUUGGCCGAGUUACAGACGAAACCCUGAACAAAACGCGGAAUCAGAUAGGAGCCCUGAGAUUGGCAAUUGAUCAGAAACUAAUGCAGAAAGUACAGGAGCUGGAGGCCGCCUCCGAGAUGCAGUUGCUGAAGAUGAAAGUAUUUGAAAGGGACAUUGCAGAGAUCCAGGCAGACAAGUACAACCUGGAGGACAUUGUUCAGAGCUUGCCUCAUGGUUGUUAUGAUCAAAUGGGGCUCAGAAAGCAAUGAGAAGUUGAGAAAGGAGGUGAUCGCUGUGGGUCGGCUUUGUUAUACUCAGGAGCUCUUUGCUCUGCCAUCUGUUAGUCACCAUUUAAUGGAGUGUUCCAAACUAUUCAUUUGAUUGGGUAUUUAAUACAUCAACAGUCCUUCUUACUUUAACCCUGCCGUUGUUGCCGGUGACCGGAGAUCCUAUUUUGAAUUUUAUUGUACUGAGAAACAGCGCAAAAUAGGCCCUUCUGGCCCUUCAAACUGCGCCACCCAGCAAUCCCUUGAUUUAACCCUAGCCUAAUUACAGGACACUUUACAAUGACCUAAUAACCUACUAACCGGAACUCCUUUGGACUGUGGGAGGAAACCCACGUGGUCAUGAGGAUCCUCUUUUAUCUUAGUAUCAAGCCCGAGGGAGUGCUGCACGACCAUGGUGUGCACCUGAAUUGAGUAUAUUCUGAUAGUCUGUGGUAAUGAUAAUGAGCCAGGAGGCCCGGUCAACAUUUCCAUCCGUGCUAGUCCAUCAGUUGCUACAAAAUCUCUUUUGCUUGUAGACUCUUACUAGGUAUAGAUUGGGUGGUGUGUUCCCUGCAUACCUAAUACAUCUGGAAAAGGUUGCAUCCACUAAGCCUUUCAUACUGUUUGUUAAAUUGUUUAAUACUACUAAACCGAACAGUGUCCUCAUUCUAAUGUUUGGCACCCGCUCCCCCCCCACCCGCAAGAUUGCAGGACAACUGUAAAGCCUUAUUUUCUAAGCAGUUCCUGGUAAAGCAGAGUGUGGAAUGCAGAGAUUUACUCCCUAACCCUGAUCUGUUUCCGAAAUGAUCCACUACCAGUCCUCUGUUCACUUAUCCACUGCAGACCUGGGUGUGUUAUGUGAUCAGAAAAUAUCUUUAUAAGCCUUAAACAUUAUAUUUUUAUCUAAUGGCUUCAAAUAUGAUCUUCACCAAACAAGAAAAAUCACUAAUAUUGAUGGGGACCUAACAAAUACUCUCAUAAAUUUAUACUUACAAAUAUGGUCUUGUUGAAAACAAAUUCAUGGAUUUGGUAAAGUUCUCGUUCUGUUAUCACUUUGCCCCAUUUCAGAUGGGUGAACUGAGUAAAGAAACCAUUGAAGCUGGCUGAGGCUUUGCUUACCCAUAUAGUAUUCAUAUUUUGUUUGCCUUCAAAAGGAAAAACAUUCAUUUGUAAUAGUUUAUCUGAACAGGUGGCCAGGCAUGUUUAACACCCUCUCAUGUACAAAAUACAAAGUAAAAUAAAAUGUGAUUUAUGUCAAAGUUAUGUUGCUUUCCAUAAGUAGAAGAUUAGCCUAACAGCAAAGUAAUACAUUCCAUACCACAGUACCUGUGUGUUCUAAAACUAUGUAAACAACAAACUUGCAUUUAUUAAGUUUCUCACACAACUUUAAGAUAACCCAAAAUGCUUUACAGUCA